GAUUGGCCGCCUGCAGAAGGCGCGCUUUGGUUGCUGAGAGGAAAGUGAAGUUUUCCGCGGCGGCGUUAAACUUAAAAUCCAGGAAACCGGCCAUGAAGUAAUCUAGAAUAUUUUCUAGCAACAAUUACUUGUAUGCAAUAUGUAAAUAACCCCGAAAUGUAGUAAAAUAUCCCAACACUACUAAAAGAGCCAGGUUCUGAGGUGGCUGAUGAGCAAUUGUGAGAGCUGCAGAAUCUUCCACAGAGGAAAGGACAAGUUGCAAUAAUGAAUGAUCCUUUGGAAAAUGGUUUGUUUGGUAUCCAUGACAAUGAUGAGUUAGAAGAUGAAAUCUUUCCACCGCUUCCUCCUCCAUCAUCACCUGGCCAACUGGGAUAUGGUGAAGCUUUAGCUGAUGGUGAAGAGGAAGCAGGAACUCAAUCCAAGGAGCCUGUGGUACUCAGAAAACAUGUAAAAAAACCACAGCCAAAACUGGAUGCCCAGCGGUUGACUUCAGAUCGAGGAUUGCCUGCUUUACGAAAUUUGUUUGAUAGUGUUCAAUUUAAAGGCAAAGGACAUGAGAGCGAAGAUGUGAAGACUCUCCUGUGGCACAUGGAGCAUUGGGCUCACAGGCUGUACCCCAAACUACAAUUUGAAGAAUUCAUUGGGAAAGUGGAAACCUUGGGAAAUAAAAAGGAAGUUCAGACCUGUUUGAAGAAAAUUCGACUUGAUAUACCUAUAACUAAUGAAGACUUUACAUCGAAUGAAGUUCCGGAGAGUGAGGACAGGGUCCAAACGGAUGAUAUUGAAACUUCAUUAGAUGCAAUGCCCAGCCAGCCAGUUUCAAAAUCAACUCCAGGCUCCAAUGUACUCUCUGAGGAACAACAGCUUCAGAUCGAGAGGAACAAACAGCUUGCACUUGAGAGACGACAAGCAAGACUUCAGCUGACAAAUCAAACCCCCUCCAAUGAUCAAGGAGAUUCCCAGUGCCUGAGUCAGUCCAUGGAGCCAAAUAAAAAGAUGGUACUUGAUCCUGAUAUGUUUGAAGAUGAAAAUGUAAAAAGUAAAGCUUCGGAAGAGGUAACCAAAACUGCACUCUCUGAGCCACUUGGUGAAUUUCAAAUUCCAACAGAGAUCAGUCCUGCUGUGAAAAUUCCAAAAGACUUAACAGUUAUAGACAAAGCAAUUGACUCCUUUGAAUCAACAGACAAUUCUGAAACUACAGAAAGCCACUGCAGUGCAGAAAAUGAACAUUGAUACGGACGCUUCUUCAUCAGCAGCUGGAAACCUCCACAGAUGACAAUUAAACAUGUCAGAGAGUUUUGUUUUUUGAAGUAUGACAUUGCAAUUAGGUGAGAAGUGAAGAAUUUAAUGCAAUGUCUGUUUUAUUUGUGCAGUAUUUCACAGAGACUCUGAACUGCUACAGUUGUAAAAAUACUAAAUCACUAUAUUGCAAAUAGAAUUUGGGAAUCUAAUCAUGGCUGUGUUCUCACCACAGUUUUACUACUGGUGCCCAGAAAUGUCACUGAAGCUAAUGUCUCAAACCAUGUUUCCUGGUAAGUUUGGGGAGGGUGAAAUACGGUAUUGAUCUCCCAAAAAGAUUUUCUUCCUGAUAUGAAACCUAGUUUUUUAAGCUUACUGUAAGAUAAACCUGCUUUAUUGGAAAGUUCUAGCGAACAUGAUGGGAUUGUAUGAGUACAAAAAAAUUCAAACCAGCUGUAAGCACAAAACAAAACAGACUACUUAUUAUAUUAGUUUAUUUUCUAAACCAUGUAUGGUAACUGCAAAUGAAUGGUAAAACCUUGUGCCAAAUGCAUUAAAUAAAACUUAGAAUAUAUACAUCUUGUUCAAAACAACACAUCUUUACAUCUUUUGCAUUGUUAAUUACCAUAUUUUGUAUUUCAAAUAACAUCAAACUGCAUUCCUAUGGGUUGGUUGAAUAACUGGCACCAGCCAUUUAGUUCUGACUACCUUGGCAUCAAAUAUGCUAAAAAAAUUCUGUUACUAUUAGUGGAUUUUAUUAAGAUAUCAUAAAUGGACCCAAAGUCUUGAUACUUAUCCCACUGAAACAUCUUGAAGAGCCAUUUCCUUAAUUUCUUCCAACAAUGAGUAGAGGCUGUUACCCUGAGUUUGACAAUAUUCUCUAUCUUCAUCUCUGAUCAAUGUUCUUUUUGCAUGCUUUUGGGCAAGUUGUGCUUCUUCAGCAGAUCUGAUUACAUCCCGAACCAAGUCCGUCUUUGAAGUGUGAGAUGUUCCAUGUGUAGGUUCAGUACCAGUCUUGGUACGAGGUUGGUUGUUGAUGAUGUCCAGUUUGAUGGUGUCAGGAUGUGACCGGGAUGAGAAUUCUGAGAUUCUUACCUAUUUGAGCACAAACGUUUACAAAAAUUAAAUGAUAUGCGUCAAUUA